GCGGGCGGGGCGGGCGCGCUGCCGUUCCCGGGUCGGGCAGCUAGAGAGCAGUGCAGGGAGCCCGAGCCUGAGCCCGGCGCUCCCUUCCUGUGGGCAAGGCCGACAGCGCAGCCGAGCGCCGGCCGAGGCCCGGCCCGGCCGCCCCCGCUGCGCUCUCCCAUGGCGGAGACCAAGAUCAUUUACCACAUCGACGAGGAGGAAACGCCGUACCUGGUGAAGCUGCCCGUGCCGCCGGAGAAAGUCACGCUGGCCGAUUUCAAAAAUGUCCUCAGCAACCGGCCCGUGCACAGCUACAAGUUCUUCUUCAAGUCCAUGGACCAGGAUUUCGGGGUGGUGAAGGAAGAGAUCUCAGAUGACAAUGCAAAGCUCCCCUGCUUCAAUGGAAGAGUGGUGUCCUGGCUGGUCCUGGCUGAGAGCUCCCACUCUGACACGGGCUCCCAAUGCACCGAGAGCCACGUGGAGCUGCCCCCAGCCCUGGAGAGGACAGGAGGCAUCGGAGACUCCCGGCCCCCCUCCUUCCACCCCAACGCUGCCAGCAGCAGGGAUGGCCUGGACAACGAGACAGGAACCGAGUCCGUGCUCAGCCACCGGCGCGAGCGGCACCGGCGCAGGAACCGCGAGGGCCACGAGGACGCCCCCAGGAUCAACGGGCACCCCAAGCUGGACAGGCACCGGGAGCACCCCCCUGGCUACGACAGCUCCUCCACCAUGCUGAGCAGCGAGCUGGAGUCCAGCAGCUUCAUCGAUUCUGAGGAUGAUGACAACACCAGCAGGUUGAGCAGCUCCACGGAGCAGAGCACCUCGUCCCGCCUCAUCCGCAAGCAUAAGCGCCGGAGGAGGAAACAGAGGAUGAGGCAGAUUGACAGGUCGUCCUCGUUCAGCAGCAUCACUGACUCCACCAUGUCCCUAAACAUCAUCACUGUCACACUCAACAUGGAAAAGUACAACUUCCUGGGGAUCAGCAUUGUGGGGCAGAGCAAUGACCGAGGUGAUGGUGGCAUCUACAUCGGCUCCAUCAUGAAGGGAGGGGCGGUGGCAGCGGACGGGCGCAUCGAGCCAGGGGACAUGCUGCUGCAGGUGAAUGAUGUCAAUUUUGAGAACAUGAGCAAUGACGAUGCCGUUCGGGUUCUGCGGGAAAUCGUCUCCAAACCAGGACCUAUAAGCCUAACAGUAGCCAAAUGCUGGGACCCUACUCCCAGGAGUUAUUUCACCAUCCCCAGGGCUGAGCCGGUGCGGCCGAUCGACCCCGCGGCGUGGAUCUCUCAUACCACGGCCAUGACGGGAGCGUACCCCCGUUACGGUAUGAGCCCCUCCAUGAGCAUCACCACAUCUACCAGCUCCUCACUAACAAGCUCAAUUCCCGAGUCGGAAAAAUUAGAAGAAUCUCCCUUAACUGUGAAGAGUGACAUGGCUACUAUUGUCAAGGUCAUGCAGCUGCCAGACUCAGGCCUUGAAAUUCGGGACAGGAUGUGGUUAAAGAUCACCAUCUCCAAUGCAGUGAUAGGAGCAGACGUGGUGGACUGGCUUUACACACACGUGGAAGGCUUCAAGGACCGCCGGGAGGCGCGGAAAUACGCCAGCUCCAUGCUGAAACACGGCUACCUCAGGCACACUGUGAACAAAAUCACCUUCUCAGAGCAGUGCUACUACGUCUUCGGAGACCUCUGUGGCAAUCUGGCUGCACUGAACCUCAACAACGGUUCCAGCGGUGCCUCUGACCAGGACACCCUGGCUCCUCUCCCACAUCCUGCUGCUCCCUGGCCCUUGGGCCAAGGAUAUCCCUACCAGUACCCUCUGCCCCCUCCUUGUUUCCCCCCAGCCUACCAAGAUCCUGGUUUUAGCUAUGGCAGUGGCAGCGCAGGCAGCCAGCAAAGUGAAGGGAGCAAAAGCAGCGGCUCCAACCGGAGCACCAGUGAGACCAGCAGGAGAGCAGCGGGCAGGGAGAAGGAGCGCAGCAAGUCCGGGGGCAGCGGCAGCGAGUCGGAGCCGGGCGCGCGCCGCGAGCGCCCGCUCAGCCAGCUCAGCCAGCGCUCUGCCAGCGACAGGAGCCACCAGAGCCACCACUCCUAUGGUCCCCCAGGGCUGCCCCCCUUGUACAGCCUGCCCAAGCUGGGCUCCAAGGGGCUGGGCAGCAGCGGGCCCCCCGGAGCACCCCCGGUGCGUGAGCUGAGCGCCGUGCCGCCCGAGCUCACUGCCAGCCGCCAGUCCUUCCAGAAGGCCAUGGGCAACCCUUGUGAGUUCUUCGUGGACAUCAUGUGAGAGGAAGUGCCUUCAAAAGACUCUGCUUUUUGGGGUUUUUUGGUUUUUUUUUUUUGGGGGGUGGGUUGUGGGAUGCUCGGUUGGAAGAGGCUUGGCUGUCUUGCAUGUCACACCUUCCUGUUCGCGAGUGUGUCGCAGAAAAGAGAAAAAAAAUCUACAAAACUGAACAAAAAAAGAAAAAAAAAUACAAACACCCCCCCUCCUCAAGCUACAGAAAUGAACAACAAAAUCUCCUGGGAUUGUUAAAUCGAUGGCAUCUUUUUGUUCUGUUUGUUUUUUCUCCCCUGCCCAUCUCGUUUUGGAUUGUGAAUGGCUGGUGUAUGUUCACAUCUUAAUGAGCUUUGGUCAUUGUGGCACCUACUUCAGUGGAAUUAGUGUCUCUUUCUGGGCUGAUUGGAGGACUGCUGUUUCACGUGACUUCUAAAUUCCUGACAAUGCAUAGGAGCACUUUGAUUUUUUUUUUCCCCCUGCUUUUUGUCUUGCAAGGACAAAACAAAAAAGGACUGCUGGCUGGUAUCUGGGAUACUGCCCUGGAAUGCUGGUUCUUGGAUGCAUCCAUAGCUCUGAGCAGACAUGGCACCCACAAGUGCUUGGAAAGGAGCAGGAUCCAACCAAUUCCUAGAGGAAAACAAACUUGUGGCUACUUUCUGCUGACUAGGCAGUAUAAAUCAAUCUUUCUUGGGUUCUUUGAGGGUUUUUUUAGAAGAUAUUCUAUCAAGGGAGUGCUGGAGUCUUGCUACUGUAUGUGUUCAUUGUGCAGAACUUACAAAGUUAUUUCCUUCAGUUAUUUCCUUAUUUCCCAAGAGGGAUUUUCCAGCUGCACUGGGUUCCUGGGCAUUUCAGUCACAUCCCUGCUGCCAGGUGUGGCUGUUCCCUCUGGAUGUGCACUUGCUUGCAGAUUGGAAGAAUUAUUUCCACAGAAAGAGGAAAAUUGCUGCAGUUCUGUCAGCUUUACGCUUUUGAAGGGGCUCUUUAUCGCAUUCCAGCAGGGAAAUCCUGGCUCCCACUAGGACAUGGGACAUCUUCUUUGUGAUCCCUCAGUCCUUUCUGAGCACAAUCUUCCUCUUUUUUGUUAAAACAGAGACCUGGAGAUGUCUGAUCCCCCGGCAACAUUUCUGAGCACAGUGGGCGGAGAGGUGUGAGAGUAUCUGAGAACAGAUCAGAAAUGGUAUAAAAUGAAAUCCUUACCCUGAAACUGAGUGAGACCCACCCUGGAGCUCCCCAAAAAGAAAUCCUUCACCCUUGACAGCAAGUUAGACCCAUCCUGGAGCUCCUCACAGGGAAAUCCGUAACCCUGACACUGAGACCCACCCUGGAGCUCCCCAGAAAUAAAUCCUUACCCUGAAACUGAGUUAGACCCACCCUGGAGCUCCUCAAAAUUAAAUCCUUACAUUUGACACCAAGUGAGACCCACCCUGGAGCUCCCCAGAAAGAAAUCCUUACCCCUUACACUGAGUUAAACUCAUCCUGGAGCUCCCCAAAAGUAAAUCCUUACCCCUUACACUGAGUGAGACUCACUCUGGAGCUCCUCACAGGGAAAUCCUUACCCUGACACCAAGGGAGACCCACCUUGGAGCUCCCCAAAAAUAAAUCCUUACCCCUGACAGCAAGUUAGACCAACUCUGGAGCUCCUCAAAAAUAAAUCUUUACCCCUGACCCUGAGUUGAACUCACUCUGCAGUUCCCCACAAAGAAAUCCUUUUCAAAUUCUCAAAAAGAACCCCCUGACUCCUCCUCCUGCUGAGGAGCUCUGCUGUUGAAUAUCCCCAAGAUCUAAUUUCUGGCUAUUUCUGCUCUGAGGGUCUAGAAAUUAAAUUCAGGCAGCUUCAGGGAUGUUUAAAAAGCUUUUCUGAGGCAUGGUGAGCACAGCCAUGCUCUCAUGUGGCUCAUUUAAUGCAGCCACUCUGGCAUUUGACCAUGGGGCCAUUCCUCAGUUAAAUUCUCUUUUGUGAGAUCCCUGCUGCUGGCAGGAUUUAGGGCAGGUGCUUUAAAAUCAGUUUUUACUGUAAAUAAGCAUUUUCUCCACUGGUAAGAAGCUGCUUUUUGGUCUGUUCUGUGCUUUUUGGGUAAAUAUCCAAGGUGUAUGUGAGGAGAGAACAUCUUAGAACAAUCUUUGUCUCUGUGUACACAUAGUUCAUUUGUGAAAAUGAAAACCUGACCCUUCAAAAUGUUCAAAAUUUUCACCCUGAAAACUGACUCUUCAAAAUGUCCUUUUAAUUCUGAUUUUUCACUUCUUUCCUUUUCCCACCUCCCUUUGUCAGAGACUCCAGAUGUUUGUGGGAAUGGGAGACUCAAUUUCCCUUUCCACAGGGAGCCAGGAAUUGGGGAAACUCUCACUCAGCCCAUUUCUGGGCUUCUAAAUUAAUCUCCUUUGCAAAAACCUCCCCAAAAAAAAGCUGCCCAAAGCUUCUGAAAGCAGAGCUUUCAUCACCACCCAUGGAUGGCUCCUCCAAAAGAGGCCCUGCCUAAAGCUUGACUGUACAACAGGACUUUUCUGUCCCUUCCCUCCUCCUCCCACAUGCAAACCUGACUUGGUAAAUUAUUCUGAAAGAUUGACACUUAAAUCAGGGUAAAAGAGUGAUGGAAUUCUGCUCUGUCUCCAGGAGACACUGCUGAGCAGUCUGUGACUUUACUGACAAUCACUAGUGGUUCUACUUUUAAAUUGUGAUUUUUUUCUGGCAUUUUAUAAAUUAUUAUUUCUCUGGCCCUGUUUGUUUUAAGGCAAAACUCAAAGGGCUGGAGGGAAAAAAAAAAUAAUCUCCUUUUAAUAUUUCCAAAAAAAGAGAUUAAAGCUGGGGGCUGAGAUUUUCACCCAUAUUUAAUUUCCAUAUUUAAUUUCCAAGAGUUGCAGUUUCCACACCUGCUGGGGGUUGGCUUUUGUCUCGUGGUUUUGCUGUUGGCAGAAACUGUUCUGUGUCUUGCUGGUCUUUGCUGCUAUGUUGAAAAAAUGACUUUUUUUUUACAUGUGUGUGCUCGUGGGUCACCCUGGGACGAGGCUGGGAGUCCCCAGCAGAUGUGGGAAUUUUUUUUGCUGAGGAAAUUCAGGCUGGAGGAGGUGGAUCCUCUUGAACAGUGCAAUAUUGAACAGUGACACAAAAAUCUGCAUUUCCC